AUGGAGCCAAUUCCGGGACCGCCAGGCUGGCCGCUCAUAGGCAACCUACUAGACAUUGAGCUCGAAAACACCCCACAGAGCUUCACCGUCCUUGCUAAGGAAUGGGGCCAAAUCUACAAACUCUACCUCGGUGGUACUGUAAGAAUCUUCAUUAACUCCCAUGAGCUCGUUGACGAUGUGUGCUCUCGCAAGGAGUUCGGAAAACACAUCAUGGGUUCGAUAGCAGCACUAUCAAAAGUGCUUCCCGACGGGCUCUUUACGGUCGAUACGGCUCAAGAAACCUGGGGACAGGGCCGGAGGAUACUGAACCCAGCUUUUACACCAUCGUCCAUUAAGAAUAUGUUUGAUGAGAUGCUCGACAUCACGUCACAGCUAGCGUUGAAGUGGGCACGACACGGUCCAGAGUGUCCGAUCGACGUUUCAGAUGACUUUACACGUCUAACACUGGACACCAUCGCUCUGACUGCUAUGGACACACGGUUCAACUCGUUCUACCACGAUGAUUUACACCCAUUUGUGCAACAUUUCGGUGGUAUAUUUGCCGAGAUACAGCGCCGGUCUAAUCGGCCAGCAUGGUACACCUGGAUGCAAUGGAAGGCCAACCGCCAAUUCGACGAGAACAGCGAUUUUAUCCGCAAUUUCUGUGCAGAUAUACUUACUCGCCGUCGCCGCCUCGAGAGCAACGAAUCUAUUGACAGGAAGGAUGUCUUCACCGCCAUGCUACAUCGUCGCGACCCUGUCACUGGCAAGCAACUUGAGGACUCAGUUAUCAUUGAUAAUAUGAUUACAUUUUUGUUCGCCGGGCACGACACGACGGCAGGACUGCUUUCGUUUCUCGUAUAUCAUCUAAUCAAAAACCCCGAUGCAUACGCCAAGGUACAAGAAGAAAUUGACCGUGUCCUUAAAGGCGGCGUCAUGACAAUCGAUCACCUCAACGCACUACCGUAUAUCAAGGCUUGUCUACUCGAGGCUUUGCGGCUUGAACCACCAGCGCAAGUCUUUACUGUAACUCCUCUAAUUAACGAUGCCGCACCUGUAAUCAUCGGGAAACGAUACGCAGUAUAUCGCGGCCAGACAAUUGUGAUCUUCAUCCCCGCGCUCCAUCGAGACCCAGCUGUCUUUGGUGACGACGCUGACAAAUUCCGGCCAGAGAGGAUGUCUGAAGAGAACUUUAAGAAGCUCCCCAAGCAUGCCUUUAAGCCUUUUGGAAAUAGUCCGCGGAGUUGUAUCGGAAGCGAUUUUGCCAUGCAAGAAGCCAUGGUAGCUGCUGCUGUCCUGUUUCAGAAGUUCGAUUUCUCAUUGGUAGAUCCUAACUACGAGUUACAAUACCAGCCGAGGUUGCAACGAAGGGCGUUGAACUUCUUCAUCAAGGCUCGAUUGCGGCCUGGUGUCAAAGUCUUGUCUUUGCACCGAGACUUCUUCGUCCCAGCAAGUAAGGGAGCAGAGAGUGAGUGA